CUUGUGUCAACUCUACUCCGUACAGAUAGGUGAGAUUCAAAUUCCAUCAUUAUCUUUGAAAAGAUUUGAUUGCUGCUUGACCCAACGAGUCUUCAUUUUUUACCUAUGUCUGUGGUUUCUCUCCUCGGCGUGCGGGUUCUGAAUAACCCUGCAGCGUUUACUGCUCCCUAUGAGUUUGAAAUCACGUUUGAAUGCCUUGAACAGCUUCAAAAAGACUUGGAAUGGAAGCUCACUUACGUCGGCUCCGCAACGUCGUCCGAAUAUGAUCAAGAACUUGACUCUCUAUUGGUCGGGCCCAUUCCUGUCGGCGUCAACAAGUUCAUAUUUGAAGCCGAUCCCCCAGAUCUUAAACGGAUUCCCACGUCAGAAAUACUGGGGGUUACAGUGAUAUUGCUGACGUGCAGUUAUGACGGGCGAGAAUUCGUCCGCGUUGGGUAUUAUGUGAACAACGAAUAUGAUAGUGAAGAACUUAAUAAGGAGCCCCCUACCAAACCCAUCAUCGAGAGAGUGAGACGCAAUGUAUUGGCAGAAAAGCCUAGAGUUACGCGUUUCCACAUCAAGUGGGACACCGACUCUGACCCAACUGAGUUCCCCCCCGUACAGCCGGAUGCGGAUGUUUUAGAAGAUGACGGAGAGACGUAUGGAGCUGAGGAGCUUGAACUCGAAGCCGCUCUCAAACGAGAGCUCGAAGAGCUAGAUAGUCAAGAUGCCGACAAAAUGGACGUUGGCGAAGGUCGCGACGAUGUCGAUGACAAUGAAUCAGACGCUGGCAGCGAAGACUUGGAAGGCGAAACCAGUGGCAGUGAUGACGAAGAGGAAGAAGAAGGCUUCGAAGGAGAAGACGAAGACGUUGAAAUGGGGGAUGACAGUAAUCCUACGCCUGAUCAACAUCAGCACCCUAAUCCUGAAGUUAUGGUCCAUUGAAUAGCGUGGCUUGACCACCAACUUAUGACCAUUUCCACCCGCAUCCUUUUACAUGAAUUUCUUUUUGGUUUUACGCAGCGAGAAAUGAUUCAUACACUUAUGUCCCCUGAUAUUAACAUACCCUUGCGCGCAUAUUUCCCUAUGCAAACCUGAUAUAUACCUACACAAUUGCCACAUUGAUUUAC